AGGUUGAAGGAUCUCAAGCAAAGGGAAUUUGCUCGCAACGUCUCUUCGAGGUCCCGGAAAGAUGAAAGGAAGCAGGAGAAAGCCCUUCGGCGUCUGCACGAGCUGGCCGAGCAGAGGCGGCAGCCGGGAUGCGCUCCUGGAAGCGGCCCCAUGUUCAGAACCACCACGGUGGCUGUGGACGAGGAAGGUGGAGAUGACGACGAUUCUGCAGCCAACAGCAGCUCUUUCACCCAGAUGGCUUCUGGCCAGGCGACGGAGAUGCCGCUGGACAGAGGUUUCCUAAACGCCGGGCAGGUUGGUGGUGCCGUUACGCCGAGCCAAACGCCCGUCCAGACAGCGCAGGCCAUCAGCUUCGGCAUCAAGAGCACGCUGGGAACUCCGCUGCAGAAGAUCGGCGUGUCUUUUUCCUUCGCUAAGAAGACGCCGGUAAAGCUCGAGACCAUAGCUUCUGUUUUCAAGGACCACGUGGAAGAAGCGAGUUCUGCAGACGGAUUAGCCACAACGUUAUCUAAACUAAAAAAGAUGAAGCGAGAAGAUGGACCGAUGGCGGUCGAGCCAGAAUACUACCACUAUAUUCCCCCAGCCCACUGUAAAGUAAAGCCUAAUUUUCAAUUCCUGCUUUUCAUGAAGUCUACCGAACAAAUGGAAGCUGAGAACGCGAACAAAAAAAACGCGCAAGAAGCUAAAAAGGGUAGUUCUCCAAAACCCAAGCCUGGCAAACACGCCGAGAAGGCUGCCGAGAGAAUGGCGCAGCAGAAGGACGAAGUCCCCGAGCCAGACGCUGCUAAAGAGGUCGCUCAGCCUGGCUCGGGCUGUAAAGAUGUCGCGGAAGGACCAAAGCAUCCCACAGGACCUUUUUUUCCCGUUCUGAGUAAAGACGAGAGCACGACUCUCCAGUGGCCUUCAGAGCUUCUCAUAUUCACCAAAGCAGAACCGUCUGUCUCGUACAGCUGUAACCCCCUGUAUUUCGACUUCAAGCUCUCUCGCAACAAAGAUGCUAAAGGUAAAGGGGGAGAGAAGUCGAAGGAUCCGGGGGGUCUUUGUAAAGAAAACCUUCAGAACGCGGAGUCCAGCGAGGUGAGCAAACCCAAGGAGGCGGAAAGCGCGGCGAACAGUUCUGCUCUAAAAACGGAGAACAAAUCUCUCUCCGCCUGCGGCUCCCCGAACAAGCACCUGGUGAAUGUUCUUGGUAAGGGAGAGGGCGAGGACGGUAGCAAAAGCGUAACCGGUAAGAGUAAAUCUGGAAGGUCCCAUAAACACAAAAAGAAAAAGAAGCACAAAAAGUCCGGCAAACACAAACGGAAACACAAGGAGGAAGCUGAUGAGAAGGCCCGAAAAACUGACCCGGGGGACGAGAAGCCCAAGAAACGGAAAAGACACCGGCACAAAAAAGGCAAAUCCUGUCUCUCUACUGAAUCAGAACGAGCGCUAAAAACGGAGCUGUCGAGGUUGGAAGAUUGCGGCCGUUGCCAGAAGAAGAAGCGGUGCUCGCAGGAGUCCCAGAGGAAGUCUCUGUCUGCUGAGGAGGGAAGCAGCGGUAAAAAAGAGGACGGGGGCAACUCCUGCCCAGAGCACGGCACCAAAAAACACAAGGCUGACCCGCAGCCGCUUUGCGUCGUGAGGAGACGGUGUUUGGCCCCUUCCCUGGGCCGGCCCGGCCACAGGAGCCGGCAGAGCAGCGGCGACUAUGACAGUGACGAGGGCUCGCACAGGAAGCACUGCCGGCAGAAAUCCCCGUCGCAGUACAGCGACGACUACGACUCCGGCAGCGACCCCCGCCUCCCCGGCCGCCGCAGGAGCUACUCGGACGACAGCUACAGCGAUUACAGCGACCGGUCGCGGUGCCACUCGAAGCGCUCCCACGACUCGGAGGACGACUCCGACUACAACAGCUCCAAUCACCGGUCGAAGCGGCACAAGUACUCCUCGUCCGAAGACGACUACAGCUCGAGCAGGAGCAGGUCGAGGAGUC